UCCUGUCUCAAUCUACACCAAACACACCUAGUCCUGUCUCAAUCUCUACACCAAACACACAUAGUCCUGUCUCAAUCUCUACACCAAACACACCCAGUCCUGUCUCAAUCUCUACACCAAACACAACUAACACACCUAGCCCUGUCUCAAUCUAUACACCAAACACACCAAGUCCUGUCUCAAUCUCUACACCAAACACACCUAGUCCUGUCUCAAUCUCUACACCAAACACACCUAGUCCUGUCUCAAUCUCUACACCAAACACACCUAGUCCUGUCUCAAUCUCUACACCAAACACACCUAGUCCUGUCUCAAUCUCUCCACCAAACACACCUAGUCCUGUCUCAAUCUCUACACCAAACACACCGAGUCCUGUCUCAAUCUCUACACCAACCACAACUAACACACCUAGUCCUGUCUCAAUCUCUACACCAAACACACCUAUCUCUACACCAAACACACCUAGUCCUGUCUCAAUCUCUACACCAACCACAACUAAUACAACUAGUCCUGUCUCAAUCUCUACACCAAACACACCUAGUCCUGUCUCAAUCUCUACACCAAACACAACUAACAAACCUAGGCCUGUCUCAAUCUCUACACCAAACACACCUAGUCCUGUCUCAAUCUCUACACCAAACACACCUAGUCCUGUCUCAAUCUCUACACCAAACACACCCAGUCCUGUCUCAAUCUCUACACCAAACACAACUAACACACCUAGCCCUGUCUCAAUCUAUACACCAAACACACCAAGUCCUGUCUCAAUCUCUACACCAAACACACCUAGUCCUGUCUCAAUCUCUACACCAAACACACCCAGGCCUGUCUCAAUCUCUACACCAAACACAACUAGUCCUGUCUCAAUCUCUCCACCAAACACACCUAGUCCUGUCUCAAUCUCUACACCAAACACACCGAGUCCUGUCUCAAUCUCUACACCAACCACAACUAACACACCUAGUCCUGUCUCAAUCUCUACACCAAACACACCUAGUCCUGUCUCAAUCUCUACACCAAACACACCCAGUCCUGUCUCAAUCUCUACACCAAACACAACUAACACACCUAGCCCUGUCUCAAUCUAUACACCAAACACACCUAGUCCUGUCUCAUCCUGUCUCAAUCUCUCCACCAAACACACCUAG